AUGGCCCGCCUGACGGAGAGCGAGGCGCGCCGGCAGCAGCAGCAGCUCCUGCAGACGCGGCCCUCGCCCGUGGGCAGCAGCGGGCCCGAGCCCCCCGGGGGGCAGCCCGACGGCAUGAAGGACCUGGACGCCAUCAAGCUCUUCGUGGGCCAGAUCCCGCGCAACCUGGACGAGAAGGACCUCAAGCCGCUCUUCGAGCAGUUCGGCCGCAUCUACGAGCUCACGGUGCUCAAAGACCCCUACACGGGCAUGCACAAAGGCUGUGCCUUUCUCACCUAUUGUGCCAGGGACUCCGCCAUCAAAGCUCAGACUGCCCUGCACGAACAGAAGACCUUGCCCGGGAUGGCGCGGCCAAUCCAGGUGAAGCCGGCGGACAGCGAAAGCCGCGGAGGUAGAGACCGGAAGCUGUUUGUGGGGAUGCUGAAUAAGCAGCAGUCGGAGGAGGACGUGCUGCGGCUGUUCCAGCCCUUUGGGGUCAUCGACGAAUGCACCGUGCUGCGCGGGCCUGACGGCAGCAGCAAAGGCUGUGCCUUUGUGAAGUUCUCCUCCCACACCGAGGCCCAGGCGGCCAUCCAUGCCCUGCACGGCAGCCAGACCAUGCCGGGUGCCUCCUCCAGCCUGGUGGUCAAGUUUGCCGACACCGACAAGGAGCGAACACUGCGGCGCAUGCAGCAGAUGGUGGGCCAGCUGGGCAUCCUGACACCAUCCCUCACCCUGCCCUUCAGCCCCUACAGUGCCUACGCCCAGGCUCUCAUGCAGCAGCAGACAACGGUCCUGUCCACGUCGGGCAGCUACCUGAGCCCUGGCGUGGCCUUCUCACCCUGUCACAUCCAGCAGAUUGGCGCCGUCAGCCUUAACGGGCUGCCUGCCACGCCCAUCGCCCCUGCCUCUGGACUGCACUCACCCCCCCUGCUUGGCACCACUGCCGUGCCCGGACUUGUGGCUCCCAUCACCAAUGGCUUCGCAGGUGUCGUGCCCUUCCCUGGGGGGCACCCCGCCCUAGAGACUGUGUAUGCCAAUGGCCUUGUGCCCUACCCAGCUCAGAGCCCGACCGUAGCCGAGACCCUCCAUCCCGCCUUCUCCGGAGUCCAGCAGUACACAGCCAUGUACCCCACCGCGGCCAUCACGCCCAUCGCGCACAGCGUCCCCCAGCCGCCGCCCCUCCUGCAGCAGCAGCAGCGAGAAGGUCCCGAAGGCUGUAACCUGUUUAUCUACCACCUCCCCCAGGAGUUUGGAGACACGGAGCUGACGCAGAUGUUCCUGCCCUUCGGCAAUAUCAUCUCCUCCAAGGUGUUUAUGGAUCGGGCCACCAACCAGAGCAAAUGUUUUGGCUUCGUGAGCUUUGACAACCCGGCCAGCGCGCAGACGGCCAUCCAGGCCAUGAACGGCUUUCAGAUCGGCAUGAAGAGGCUCAAAGUGCAGCUGAAGCGGCCCAAAGACCCGGGACACCCCUACUGACCGCGCCCACAGCCGCCCGGAGGCUGCGGGCCUGGCCCAGAUCAUGGGACCAAACUUUUCCGACUUCCUUCCAUCCAAGAGAAGGUGACCCUGGCCCGGUCACUCAGCAGGGACAUAAGAAGGGCUGAGGAUGACCGGGCAGCCCAGUGUCUCCCCAUCUCCCGCUGUCAUGUCAGACCAGGGCACCGAGAAGCACUGGGAAUCAUCAGCCAACGCGAUAUACCUCCAGGACUUUGGGCCCCUGCCGCCGACGGCUCUCGCAGGCCUUUGGGCUCAGCCAGCUCGAGUGUCCCUGGUCUUAGCUGCAGCUUCUGGAACCCCUACCCCCUCCCUCGCCCCAGGGCCCUGCCUUCCCCCAUGUAGGCACAAAAGAGACCCCCCCGCCUCCCCCCGUCAUAGCCUUACUCAUGUGACCAAUAGCCCUUAGCUUUCCGUCAGGGGCAGACAGGGUCGGGGGAGCCCCCGCCCCUCGUGCCCACUCCCAAGGGCAGGCAGCCACCCUCCCUGCCUUCGGAUCACCAGCCUGGAGUUCACGAUCUCAUGACCAAGAUUGCCAAGCGCGUUGGACAAGCCAACCUGCACUGGCCCAGCACCCCUUUACCAGAGAUACCUCUACAAAUAAUUUUUUUUUUUAAAUUUUGGUCUUUCUGAGCAGAUACAAAGAAGAAAAGAGAACAAAAUGGGGAAAAAAAUCAGACGACAGUGGAUUUUUGUUUCCUAGUCGGGGCGGGGAGGGAGGUCUUGCGGGGGCAUCUCUGUAUAGCUACUCAAACCGUGAAAACCCACUUUGAAGCACAGAGUCAAGUUCGUUGGACGUCAGUAGGGCCUCUUGCCAAGUGAGGCACCAGAGAACUUAAUAAGCUCAAGAAAAAAAAAAUUUGUA